AUGUUAUCUAUAAAAAAUAUUCUUUAUAAUUGUCAAUUUUGGCAAGAUGUAGAGCAAUUAGAAAUUAUACUUGCACUUGCUAAAAGAGCAAUUCAGACAGUUGAAGCAAAUUCAAGCAAUAUGGCAUUAUGUUUUUUAGAAUUAGUUAAAAUGGCAAUUGCUAUUAAAAAUAUUCCAGAUAAUAUAGAUUUAAAUUUUAAAAAUCUAUGCAUUAAAAUCUAUAAUAAUUUUGAUUUAUCUAAUAAAGAAAAUGAAUCUAAUCUUAAUAAUUUACUUAUAGCAGAAUUAAUGGAUUUAAAUUUUUAUGAUAAUAAUGAAACUGAAAUUGAAAAUAAUUCAUUUUUAGAUAAUCAAUACUUAUUAGAAAAUAAUGAAAAUUCAGACAUUGAUUUAGAAGCAAUUCUUAAUAAAGAACUUCAAAAUUAA